AUGGUCUUGGAACGAAAUUCCGGUGGCUUUGAUGUGCAGAUAGAAGCGAAACUUCCACGUCCCCUGGACCUCAUACUGGUCGAGCGCCAGAAUUAUUCCGAAUAUCUACUCCUGAAAGUCAAUGAACUCUAUUCCAGACGUUGCGGAGAAGGCCUGGAGCGGCAUCCAACUGUGGACAUAUGCGCAAAGCUUGAGAAUAACCUCACACCUGGUGUGAGACCGGUUAGCGAUGAGGAACUGUUCUCCAUGGAUGGGCAAGCGGAUGUCUUGAGAUUCACGGGAUUUGUCCGUAGUUUCUAA